AUGACGAAGGGUACCACGUCGUUCGGUCUCCGCCACACCAAGAGCCACACGCUCUGCAGGCGUUGCGGUCGUCGUUCCUUCCACAAGCAGCACAAGUCGUGCGCUUCGUGCGGCUACCCUGCGGCCAAGCUCAGGUCGUACGAGUGGGGCCAGAAGGCUAAGCGCCGGCACACCACCGGUACCGGCCGCAUGCGCUACCUCAAGGGUGUCUCGCGCCGCUUCAAGAACGGCUUCCGCGAGGGCACCACCGCCACUCGCAAGGCCAAGGCCGAGUAA